GUUACUAAUUUUGAAAUUAGGUAUGAGUAGAGUUGAUGUUUCUGCUUCAAAAAAUAUUAUAGAUUCUACAGAAAAAUUCACCACUAAUCAGGUAUUUUCUUCUCGAGAAGUUGUAUUUGAAUGGGCAAAAACCAUUGGAAGACAAAAUGGAAUUUUAAUUGUUACCAUUCGAUCAGAUAAAGCAAACGGAAUUAGGAGAAGAAAAGACAAAUUGAUUUUGGGAUGCAAAAGAGGUGGAAGAUAUAAAUCAGAAUCAAAAUCAUCAGUAACUUGCUCUCAUAAGGAAAACUGUCCAUUUACUCUCAGAUGUGUACCAUUAAGUGUCAGUGAAGGAUGGAAAAUUAGUGUUCGUUGUGGGACACACAAUCAUGAAUUACUUGAUACUGUAACCGGUCAUUCUAAUUUGGGGCGUUUAAACGAAGAAGAGAGGAAAUUUUUCAAUGAUAUAACAAAGUUUAAGUUUGCACCCAGAUUCAUUCUAAAUGCUUUGAAAGUGAGAAAUGAAACCAAUGUCACUAUUCCUAGUCAAAUAUAUAAAGCAAGGAGUACUUAUCGAUCAUCAUUGAGAGGUUCGUACACAGAAACGCACAUGAAUUACUUGAUACUGUAA